AUGUUUUCGUCUCGAGGGCAUGAGCCCCGUCCUCCACCUUCAUCAGACAUGGCCCUCGCUAUGGACGGAGGCACUAGUUCAGGGACUCAAACCUACGCCAACAGUGAACAGUCGGUUCUGGAACAGAAAGACAAACUUGGGGAGAAUCGAGCGGAGAUCGACGAGCAGCUGACGAAACUAGCGCGCAAAUUGAGCACAAAGUCUGAAAAAAAUCAUUAUCGUUCCCCGUUCGAAGCGAGUGAAGGUGGAUUUCUGGAUCCGAACAGCCCUGAAUUCCGUGCUAGAGACUGGGCGAAAGCUUUCUACAACGCUAGGUAUAAUGCCGACGAAAACUGUCCGCCACGAGUUGCCGGUGUUGCGUUCAAAGAUUUGAACGUUUCCGGGUACGGUAGUCCUGUGGACUACCAAAUGAGUGUGGGAAAUGCCCUGCUGAAGUUGCCGACACAGAUAUAUCAGUUCCUUAGCGGCAAGAAAACGAAAAUUAAUAUCCUGCAGGGUCUUGAUGGACUAGUUCUUCCUGGUGAGCAGCUUUGUGUUCUGGGCCCUCCUGGAUCAGGCUGUUCAACCUUUCUCAAAACUAUAGCUGGUGAAACCCAUGGCUUUCAGGUAGACCCAGCAGCCUAUAUAAACUACCAAGGCAUAACUCCCAGGCAAAUGUCAACGCAAUUCCGGGGCGAGGCUAUAUACACUGCUGAAGUUGAUGCACAUUACCCACAGCUCUCAGUCGGCGAUACGCUGUAUUUUGCGUCCCUUGCUCGUGCACCUCGUCACCUUCCGGGCGGAAUCAGUUCCCAGGAGUACGCCACUCAUCUACGAGAUGUCAUUAUGGCCAUGUUUGGGAUCAGUCAUACUAUAAAUACCCGGGUGGGUAACGACUUCGUUCGUGGUGUCAGCGGAGGUGAGAGAAAGCGGGUUACGAUCGCGGAAGCUGCGUUAAGCUAUGCCCCAUUACAGUGCUGGGAUAACAGCACCAGAGGAUUGGAUAGCGCAAAUGCGGUGGAGUUUUGCAGGACCUUACGGACACAAAGCGAUGUGUUUGGAAUGACCUCGUGUGUUGCAAUAUACCAGGCUCCCCAAUCUGCGUACAAUGUAAGCCCAAGAAGCUAUGACCAGGCAUUGGACACUGCUAACCAACAAGCCAGCUUUUUGACAAAGUCAUUGUUUUAUAUGAAGGACACCAGAUAUACUUCGGCGCUGCGCAUGAUGCUAAAGGUUACUUUGAACGACUCGGCUUUCUAUGCCUGA